GGUGGAUAGCGAUACCGUACGUGCGAAUGCAUGGAAUACACAAGACAUCAGCUCGAUCAGGCAUUGGUUAAUGAGCUAUUGCGGCUCAGAACCCACUGUGCCGAACGACCGACCGACCGGAUACACUCCUGAUCAACUUGUCAUUCUCCAAGUGACUCGGGCUGGGUACGGACGCUCAUCACCGGCUCCCAAGCUGUGCCGCCAUCACUAGUUCAAGGUGCACGCCUCAUCGGUCUCCCUUCGUGAGACGCAUUCCCAGUGGUAUCGUUCAAACAAAGGCAGGCUUACCAAGGACGGGAUUUGCACAUAUAAGCCGGCACGAAUUAGGCGCCCGAACAAGAGACGUCUGUUUGCGUUGGGUGCAUUGUCAAACAACAGAAGUCCCACAAGCAGGAUUGCAUUCUUGUGCUGAGCAGCGAUUCAGAAAGUCAUCUUCAGUACUUGUGUCCAUUGUCAACUAUUGAUAAUAGAAAACGGGCAACUUAUACUAGCGCUGUCUCUUUUUUUUUUCUCCACCGACAGUGGAGAGAUAACGUUAAUGACUGGCGUUCGAUUAUUGUCUCGCAAGCCCUGGCAACGUGAAAGGCCUUAACUUGUACACAAAACCCGGGCGAUUCGCCAAUAUUAAGUGCCUAUUAUCACCGGAUCACGGGGAUCAGCGCAAAAAGCUACCAGCUGCAUCCACAUUUGAGCGCUGUAGACGUAGACGCGGGAUUUCACACAGCACUGACAAGUUGACUGGGCCUGGCCUGAGCUGAACGGGGAAGGGUUUUGUUCGUCCGGAGUAGCAAAGAUGCAUUUUUCGGCCUUUCUGCUGGUUGUGGGAUUUUUUGCGUGUCUCUGCCAAGGUGAUCGAACUGACAAUGACCUGGUGGAAGCUACAGGAGUCGAUGAAAGUGCCGACAUUGGUGCCUUACGGGCUCGAUAUCAACUAAGGUAUUGGAGACACCGUUAUCCGAUAAAGAGCAGGGUAGCCUUCUGUAAAUACGGGGAGUACCGUCGUCGGGAGUGCUGUUAUGGGUGGAGAUACCACGGACCAGAAUGCGCACCGAUCUGUGAGGAUGGAUGCAACCAUGGCACCUGUGUCGGCCCAAAUCGCUGUCAGUGUGAUAAAGGCUACACGGGCCCGACGUGCGAUCGAGAUUUUAAUGAGUGCAGUACCAAACCCUGCUCGCACAGAUGCGUGAACGGCGUCGGCAGUUUCCGCUGCUUUUGUCCGACCGGUCACGUGUUGCUUGAGGACAAGGUCACGUGUCACUGGGAUUACAGAUGCCACCCAGACAGGUGUGCCUACGGAUGCGAGCAGAUUGGCUACAACUUCAGGUGCCUAUGUCCCGAUGGAUUAAAAGUCUCUGAAGAUGGGUUCCACUGUGAAGAUAUUGACGAGUGUGCAGAGGGUUUGGUGAAGUGCCCGUCUGACCAACGCUGCCGCAACACGUACGGCAACUAUAUGUGCAUGUGCAAGGAGGGCUUCGCCUUCCAGCUUGUCAACAGGCGCCUCGUCUGCAAAGAACGGAAUCAGUGUGUGGUGCAGGGCCUGAUCUGUGAUCCGAAUGCGCACUGCGAGGAGACUGGAAGUCUCGCCAAGUGCGUCUGCAACGAAGGCUACGUCGGGGACGGCCAGACAUGCAGAGUCGUCGAUGCCAACGAGUGCGAGACUGGUGAGUUCGAAUGCCACGCGGACGCCCGUUGCAUCAACACACCGGGCUCCUACGUAUGCCAGUGCAACGAAGGAUUCGUCGGUGACGGCAAGAUUUGUGCUCCACUCGACCAGACAACAUGCUUUGACGGUCCGUGUUUCCCGGGAGUUCGAUGCUUCGACAUUCCCAUUCCUAGCAAUCUCGACAUCAGCACGGUGACUAUCAUCAAGCGCUACCGCUGUGGGGACUGCCCACCUGGAUACGAGGGUGAUGGCGAGACAUGCGCAGACAGAAACGAAUGCGAGGAAGGGACGUUCCUCUGUCACCCUGACGGGGCUUGUGUCAACACCGAAGGCAGCUAUAGGUGCGAAUGCAAAGAGGGCUUUGCCGGUGACGGGCGAGUCUGCAUUCCUCUGGAUAAUCGCACAUGCGCAGACGGGCCCUGCUUCCCAGGAGUCGUGUGCGAAGAUGUUCCGCUGCAGCGAAUUCUCAACUCGCGGAACUGGAGACAGUUGGAUAUCAUCAAGCUGUUUAGAUGCGGACCCUGCCCAAGAGGCUUCCAAGGAGACGGGGAGAUAUGUCGGGAUAUCGAUGAAUGUGCUCGAGGAAUCAACGCGUGUCACAGAGACGCCACGUGCGUGAACAUACCGGGGAGCUACCGUUGCGAGUGUAAUCCAGGUUUUGCAGGGGACGGAAACCUCUGUGUACCUGUUGAUCCCACAACAUGCGCCGACCUGCCUUGCUUCAACGGCCGAGUGGCAUGUCGGGACCUGGUGCUGGAGGAUAUCCUGCGGACCACCGACCUCGCCAACACGGCCAUCAUUAAACUGUUCGAGUGUGGACCGUGUCCAGACGGCUACUUCGGUAAUGGCGAAAUAUGUCAAGACAUAAAUGAGUGCAGCCUGAAUCUAUUUGAUUGCCAUCAAAAUGCGACUUGUGUCAACACUGAGGGCAGCUAUGAAUGUUUGUGCGAUCCUGGCUACGUGGGCGAUGGCAAGCGAUGCAGAGAGAUAGACCCAACGACCUGCCGGGACAACCCCUGCUUCCAGGGAGUGCUUUGCAUCGACUUACCGCUGGACGUCGACCGCCUAGACCUGGACAGCACUGAGGUUGUCCGGCUCUACAUCUGUGGCAACUGUCCGCCUGGUUACCGAGGAGAUGGCGAAAUCUGCAUCGAUAUUGACGAAUGUGCAGAGGGCCUGUUCAGUUGCUCCGAGAACGCCACUUGCCGCAACGUGCCAGGAACGUACGACUGCGUGUGUAAUGAGGGAUUCUUUGGUGACGGGCAAACUUGCAUACCACUCGAUCCGCGCACCUGUGCGGACAGCCCGUGUUUCGAAGGGGUAGAAUGCACCGACGUGGACCCCAACACGUUGGACUGGCGAUCGCUGCCGAUCAUCAUACUCUUUGCCUGCGGUGACUGCCCCGAGGGCUUCAUUGGCGACGGGGAAACAUGCAAGAAACUACCCCCUAAAAUCAUUGUUCCCGAUAACGUCAACUUGACCGUGGUUGUGACCGACGCUAUUGGCGAGAAAAACCCACUUGUGUCAGGGGCACAAGUCAAGGCUUUCGUUACGGACGAGAAGACCGGAACAAGAGAGUACGCUGCAGCAACCACCGCCUUCAACGGCAUCGCUAAGAUCGCGGUGCCCCACAACAGGUCCAUAUUGAUCGGUGUAGAACAUGAUGACUUCCUGUCCAAAUCGAUGUCCUUUAAGGCCCAUUUCACCCCUCGGGAGAUUGAUCCAAACGUCACAGAGAACGUGCUGACAGUGGAGAUGUACGCUUUCAACGAGCUGACUGAAUUCCUGUGGAGACCAAGGACAAGCAGAGCUCUGGAAUUCGGGGACUUGCUGAGAUUGGAGAUUCCCAAAAAUGGUCUGCAGGUUGCCAAUGGAGCACGGGUAACGAUCGAGUGUCGUCCUCUUAACAUAACGCUCAUAAAGACGCCGGCAGAAGGACCCGAAUUGGUAGCUGGAGUGUUCAACGAAAAAACAGGUGAGGUUGAACUGACUGGCUUGGAGGUAUUUAGCAUGACCGAGCUGAGGUGUUCGGUGGCGCCCCGACGUGGAGGAAGCAGACGGACCCCUAGGACUCUGGCGCCGUACACUAUCUCCAUGCCGGUCAAUGACUUGGCCGAAAAUCCCGAAAUCCCCAUGCAAGCAUGGCGCUACAACCAACAAAAGGGUUACUGGGUCGCAGCGGGUGAUGUAACCAUGGUCGGUGUUACCGCGGAAGGCACAGACACCGAAGCGCCCACCGUUGUGAAUCGAGGUGACAUAGCAGCGGCCGAGGCCGAGGUCGACACCGGCUUCCGACUCAUGUGGCAAUUCAAUGCCAGGAACUUCACCUAUGCCUGGUGGGCCUUCGGCAGGGCAUGGCCGGCCACCAGCUGCGUCACAGUUAAGGCCUGCUACGACGUCGACUGCCGGUUCCCCGUAGAGAAAGCGCUUAUCGAACUGUACGGUAUCGACUUCCGUUAUACGGCCUCCCGCUACACCGGCCCAGACGGCACUGUGUGCAUGCCGUACAAGACGGGCGGCCGCGUGCUUAUCAGAGCCCCGUGCAUCGACAAGGAGCAAGAGGUGGCACUUGCGGACUUCAUGCCUCCGUCCGAUUGUAGCCUUGCCGGCAACCAGACUGUCCUAACACGGAAAGGAGACGGCCCUGUGGGUGUUUGCGCUAACGCCACCAUCUUGUUUCCCUAUGAAUCACAGGUGUCGUGCGGUGACCCCGGUGAUGAUGUGGAUGGAGCAAAAAGGUUUGGCAACGAUUUCACGCACGGAAACGAGGUGAUCUACAUGUGUGACGACCCCGCCUCCACUCUGGAAGACCACACACGUGUGUGCAAGAAGUGCGGAGAGUGGAGCGGAAAGGAGCCGACCUGCUACGAGCGCGGAGCCUCUGAAUUCUCCUCCAUCUCCGUCCCCUAAAAAAUUCCCGCCUCCGAACUGGAACACUUAACGUGCACUUGUAUGCUUAGAUGUUCAAAGGCCUCUCCCGUCGCUUCAAUCUAUGAUAAUUGAAUGACUGCUAAUCUAGCAACCGAUGGCUGCAAACUAAACUUUGUUUAUUAAAUUGUUUGUUAAACUUUGUUUGUAAAAUAUGUUUUCAUUUUUCAAAGUCUGGCACUUUUUUAUGAACUUGUUAUUUGUUGGGUUAUUUUGAACGCGCAUAAGCCCUCAAACAAGAUUAUUAUUCGAUUACGACCAAUGCAACAAGACUAGAACCUUUGGGAUCGUGACAUGUUCCACUUCGACAGAAAUAACAAGUUGUCUGCACCACAAAAAUGAUUCUUUGACGGAUCUUGAUGAAUGAUUGUUUCCGUUGGUGGCACUUGCUUUCCAGAAUGCAUCCACUGCCUAUCGUAGUUCUGGUAACGUCUUAUGUAUUUCACAAAAUCUCAGGCGGCCUUCAGCACUUUCGGGAAGUUAGGGUUACUCCCUAUGUGAGUACACAUCCAUCUCCCUCGUGUGCAUUAGUGUUCAUCCAGUAGUGCUGAACCACGCACCCACGUCAGAACUGACCAAAUUCAAUCCAGCCGAGGCUUAAAGAAAUUUUGUCGUACACCCAUUCAAAAGAGUCAGUGAGUGACUCACCAAGAGCGCUCGCGAAUUCGGCAGUGGGUACCAGUAAAUCGAUGUGGAGCCAAGAAAGUGAUGGGUGAAUACCUCUGUGAGGCUUCUUUGCUUUCUUUACCCAGUUUUCAAGUUGGAAAUCUGUAUAUCCCCUUACAUAUAUACUCUCAUCCCUGAAUUUGGGCUCUGAAUAUGCUGCCAUCGUAUCUUCUUUUGUGUGAUUUAAAAUAAAUUUAGAGCGCAUAUGCAUACUUUAACGAUAAGUCACCAAGUGCCUUUGUAUUAUACAGCAAUAACGUUAACAGGGGUUACUUUCGGCUAUCGUAUCAGCCUGUAACACUUUUUGUAUUUAUGCACUUAAAACUAUUUAUCCGCGUGUCCCGAAGAAGGAGUGUGGGCUUGAAAGUACGGUGUCCACGAAUUUCCCUCAUUCGUCAGAAAGUGGCUUGGUUCCUUUUGCCUACACAGCAGCCCUCCCCCGGAAAAAUGUCGAAAAAAUGAGCCAAAAAGAAAUGCAAUGCCACUUGCGUGAGAGUGCACACUGCUUGUAGGCGGUGUUUUCUUUCAAAACGGAGCGUGACUUCCGUAGAUCGGCACUGACAAGCCGUUUCAACCAACUGAGCCUGCUGAAUUCUCAAUUUUUGGUGCUUUGUAAUUAAAAAAAAAACUUUUUAAACGACUGGUAAUUUUAAUAAUUAAAACUUGCACUGUAUAUACACUAAGCACGUGUAACAUACUUGUAGCGUUUUUUUAGACGGAUCUUUAACUUGAUGGGGGAUAGACCGAAUGAUCAGCUGUUGGGUGUCAUUUUUGUUCAAUAUGAAGGACGUUGUUUGUAAUGCAUCAUUAUUUUCCCUGUUAACGUUUUUAAGUUGGUUAUAUCGAGAAACACCUUUGAUCAAGUAAAUGCCCUUUGGCGCACUUGCUGAUGAGCUUUUUUCGGUGCAUUGUCGGGGUUGCUCCUUGAAAAGAAAGUUUGCUGUAAAUGGUCAGUAAUGUUCAGACACGUGGGAAACUUUCCCAGGUGUGGCUGUAGAGUGUUUCGCCUUUAGAGGAAUCCUGCAGUGUUGUUACUGGCCCUGCCCGAUGGCCCUCUCCAAUGGUGAAACGAAUUGUGCUGAGUUUAUUCGAAAUGAAAAUACACACGUAGUUAUGCUAAACGCCGUUGAAAGGGAUCAGUGGGGAACGCGUUGCUGCCAGCGGGACCCAUCUUAGCCGGUAGAGGAAGAAAAUUACCCCCAUUUUACAGCGUUUUGAUUUCCAGAAAUUCACCAAAUUGUUUACUGAGCACAAGGUUUCCUCUGUUAAAGGCUUGAACGAAAACAAAAGAACAAUCCCGCAAAGCAGUCUUGUCUUAAAAUGUUUUUCAUGGAUUGCGAAAAAAAAGCACACUAGAGCAAUGUAAGGAAAGAAUCUGUAGAUCUCGCCGGACUCAUGUUAUAUGAGAUUUGAAACAAAAAAAAUGAGGAAAUGUCAAGUUUUUCAUCUGAUAUUGAUACGUGGCGAUUUUGUUGGAAAUAAUCAUGGAACAGUUUCCUGUCGAAUAAACACUUUGCUUUGUGUUUUUUCAA